AGUCAGCGUUCCUCGGGCCCUCGGCGCCACGAGCUGUCCGGGCACGCAGCCCCUAGCGGCGCGUCACUGCCAAGCCGGCCUCCGCGCGCCUCCCUCCUUCCUUCUCCCUGGCUGUACGCGAUCCAGCUUGGGUAGGCGGGGAAGCAGCUGGAGUGCGACCGCCGCGGCAGCUACCCUGCAGCCGCCAGUCGGAGGUGCAGUCCGUAGGCCCUGGCCCCCGGGUGGGCCCUUGGGGAGUCGGCGCCGCUCCCGGGGAGCUGCAAGGCUCGCCCCUGCCCGGCGUGGAGGGCGCGGGGGGCGCGGAGAAAGUGAAGAGAGGAAAUUGGAAAUUAGUGAGUGGACCUUCUGAUACUGCUCCUCCUUGAGUGGAAAAGGGGAAAGAAUUGCAUGCAUAUUAUUCAGCGUCCUGUAUUCAAAGGAUAUUCUUGGUGAUCUUGGAAGUGUCCAUAUCAUGGAAUCAAUCUCUAUGAUGGGAAGCCCUAAGAGCCUUAGUGAAACUUUUUUACCUAAUGGCAUAAAUGGUAUCAAAGAUGCAAGGAAGGUCACUGUAGGUGUGAUUGGAAGUGGAGAUUUUGCCAAAUCCUUGACCAUUCGACUUAUCAGAUGUGGCUAUCAUGUGGUCAUAGGAAGUAGAAAUCCUAAGUUUGCUUCUGAAUUUUUUCCUCAUGUGGUAGAUGUCACUCAUCAUGAAGAUGCUCUCACAAAAACAAAUAUAAUAUUUGUUGCUAUACACAGAGAACAUUAUACCUCCCUGUGGGACCUGAGACAUCUGCUUGUGGGUAAAAUCCUGAUUGAUGUGAGCAAUAACAUGAGGAUAAACCAGUACCCAGAAUCCAAUGCUGAAUAUUUGGCUUCAUUAUUCCCAGAUUCUUUGAUUGUCAAAGGAUUUAAUGUUAUCUCAGCUUGGGCACUUCAGUUAGGACCUAAGGAUGCCAGCCGGCAGGUUUAUAUAUGCAGCAACAAUAUUCAAGCCCGACAACAGGUUAUCGAACUUGCCCGCCAGUUGAAUUUCAUUCCCAUUGACUUGGGAUCCUUAUCAUCAGCCAGAGAGAUUGAAAAUUUACCCCUACGACUCUUUACUCUCUGGAGAGGGCCAGUGGUGGUAGCUAUAAGCUUGGCCACAUUUUUUUUCCUUUAUUCCUUUGUCAGAGAUGUGAUUCAUCCAUAUGCUAGAAACCAACAGAGUGACUUUUACAAAAUUCCUAUAGAGAUUGUGAAUAAAACCUUACCUAUAGUUGCCAUUACUUUGCUCUCCCUGGUAUACCUCGCAGGUCUUCUGGCAGCUGCUUAUCAACUUUAUUACGGCACCAAGUAUAGGAGAUUUCCGCCUUGGUUGGAAACCUGGUUACAGUGUAGAAAACAGCUCGGAUUACUAAGUUUUUUCUUCGCUGUGGUCCAUGUUGCCUACAGCCUCUGCUUACCGAUGAGAAGGUCAGAGAGAUAUUUGUUUCUCAACAUGGCUUAUCAGCAGGUUCAUGCAAAUAUUGAAAACUCUUGGAAUGAGGAAGAAGUUUGGAGAAUUGAAAUGUAUAUCUCCUUUGGCAUAAUGAGCCUUGGCUUGCUUUCCCUCCUGGCAGUCACUUCUAUCCCUUCAGUGAGCAAUGCUUUAAACUGGAGAGAAUUCAGUUUUAUUCAGUCUACGCUUGGAUAUGUCGCUCUGCUCAUAAGUACUUUCCAUGUUUUAAUUUAUGGAUGGAAACGAGCUUUUGAAGAAGAGUACUACAGAUUUUAUACACCACCGAACUUUGUUCUUGCUCUUGUUUUGCCCUCAAUUGUAAUUCUGGGUAAGAUCAUUUUAUUCCUUCCAUGUAUAAGCCGAAAGCUAAAACGAAUUAAAAAAGGCUGGGAAAAGAGCCAAUUUCUGGAAGAAGGUAUUGGAGGAACAAUUCCUCAUGUCUCCCCGGAGAGGGUCACAGUAAUGUGAUGAUAAAUGGUGUUCACAGCUGCCGUAUAAAGUUCUACUCAUGCCAUUAUUUUUAUGACUUCUGCGUUCAGUUACAAGUAUGCUGUCAAAUUAUCGUGGGUUGAAACUUGUUAAAUGAGAUUUCAACUGAAUUAGUGAUAGAGUUUUCUUCAAGUUAAUUUUCACAAAUGUCAUGUUUGCCAAUAUGAAUUUUUCUAGUCAACAUAUUGUAAUUUAGGUAUGUUUUGUUUUGUUUUGCACUACUAUAACCCUGUUGUUACUUUAUAUUUCAUAAUCAGGCAAAAAUACUUACAGUUAAUAAUAUAGAUAAAAUGUUAAAAACAAUUUGCAAACCAGCAGAAUUUUAAGGUUUUAAAAUAAUUCAAUGGAUAUACAUUUUUUUCUGAAGAUUAAGAUUUUAAUUAUCAUUCAACUUAAAAAGUAGAAAUGCAUUAUUAUACAUUUUUUUUAAGAAAGGACACAUUAUGUUAGCAUCUAGGUAAGGCUGCAUGACAGCAUUCCUAUAUUUCUCUCAUAAAAUAGGAUUUGAAGGAUGAAAUUAAUUGUAUGAAGCAAUGUGAUUAUAUGAAGAGACACAAAUUAAAAAGACAAAUUAAACCUGAAAUUAUAUUUAAAAUAUAUUCGAGACAUGAAAUACAUACUGAUAAUACAUACCUCAUGAAAGAUUUUAUUCUUUAUUGUGUUACAGAGCGGUUUCAUUUUCAUAUUAAUAUACUGAUCAGGAAGAGGAUUCAGAAACAUUUGGCCUCCAAAACUGCUAUCUCUAAUACGGUACCAAUCCUAGGAAUUGUAUAAUAGUUCCUACUUAGAACAAAAGUAUCAAGUUUGCACACAAGUAAUCUGUCAGCUGACCUUUGUCGCACCUUAACCAGUCACCACUUGCUAUGGUAUAGGAUUAUACUGAUGUUCUUUGAGGGAUUCUGAUGUGCUAGGCAUGGUUCUAAGUACUUUACUUGUAUUAUCCCAUUUAAUACUUAGAACAACCCCGUGAGAUAAGUAGUUAUUAUCCUCAUUUUACACAUGAGGGACUGAAGGAUAGAAAAGUUAUUUUUCAAAGGUCAUGCAGUUAAUAAAUGGCAGAGUGAGCAUUCAAGUCCAGGUAGUCAUAUUCCAGAGGCCACCAUUUUAACCACUAGGCUCUAGAGCUCCUGCUGCACCCCUAUGCAUUAUGUUCACAAUGCCAAUCUAGAUGCUUCCUCUUUUGUAUAAAGUCACUGACAUUCUUUAGAGUGGGUUGGGUGCAUCCAAAAAAUGUAUAAAAAUAUUAUUAUAAUAAACUUAUUACUGCUUGUAGGGUAAUUCACAGUUACCCUAUUCUUGCUUGCAACACGAGCCUGGAGACCCAUGGCAGUCCAUAUGCCUCCCUAUGCAGUGAAGGGCCCUAGCAGUGUUAACAAAUUGCUGAGAUCCCAUGGAGUCUUUCAAAAAUCUCUGUAGAGUUGGUCUUCUCCUUUUCUCUUCCUGAGAAGUUCUCCUGCCUGCAUAACCAUUCAUUAGGGAGCACUUUACAAGCAUGAAGGAUAUUAGGGUAAGUGGCUAAUUAUAAAUCUACUCUAGAGACAUAUAAUCAUACAGAUUAUUCAUAAAAUUUUUCAGUGCUGUCCUUCCACAUUUAAUUGCAUUUUGCUCAAACUGUAGAAUGCCCUACAUUCCCCCCACCCCAAUUUGCUAUUUCCUUAUUAAAAUAGAAAAUUAUAGGCAAGAUACAAUUAUAUGCGUUCCUCUUCCUGAAAUUAUAACAUUUCUAAACUUACCCACAUAGGUACUACUGAAUCCAACUGCCAACAAUAAAAAGACUUUUAUUUAGUAGAGGCUACCUUUCCCACCAGUGACUCUUUUUCUACAACUGCAUUGUCAGUUUGGUAAUUCACUCAUGAUUUUCUAAUGUUCUCCUCUUGGUGAAUUUUAUUAUCUUGUACCCUCUUUUUUUUUUCUUUUUAAGACAGAGUCUUGCUCUGUCACCCAGGCUGGAGUGCAGUGGCACGAUCUCGGCUCACUGCAAGCUCUGCCUCCCGGGUUCACGCCAUUCUCCUGCCUCAGCCUCCCGAGUAGCUGGGACUACAGGCGCCCACCACCAUGCCCGGCUGAUUUCUUUUUGUAUUUUUAGUAGAGACGGGGUUUCACCGUGUUAGCCAGGAUGGUCUCGAUCUCCUGACCUUGUGCUCCGCCCGCCUCGGCCUCCCAAAGUGCUGGGAUUACAGGUGUGAGCUACCGCGCCCGGCCUGUUAUCUUGUACUUUCUAACUGAGCCCUCUAUUUUCUUUAUUUUAAUUAUAUUUCUCCCCACUUGAGAAUCACUUGUUAGUUCUUGGUAGGAAUUCAGUUGGGCAAUGAUAACUUUUAUGGGCAAAAACAUUCUGUUAUAGUGAACUAAUGAAAAUAACAGCAUAUUUUCAAUAUUUUCUUAUUCCUUAAAUUUCACUCUUUUAACACUAUGCUUAACCACUUAAUGUGAAAAUGAAAUGAAAUAUUCCUAAAAGUUAAAUGACUAUUAAAGCAUAUAUUGUUGCAUGUAUAUAUUAAGUAGCCAAUACUCUAAAUAAAAAUACCACUGUUACAGAUAAAUGGGGCCUUUAAAAAUAUGAAAAACAAACUUUUGUGAAAAUGUAUAAAAGAUGCAUCUGUUGUUUCAAAUGGCACUAUCUAGUUUUCAGUACUACAAAAACAGAAUAAUUUUGAAGUUUUAGAAUAAAUGUAAUAUAUUUACUAUAAUUCUAAAUGUUUAAAUGCUUUUCUAAAAAUGCAAAACUAUGAUGUUUAGUUGCUUUAUUUUACUUCUAUGUGAUUAUUUUUCUUAAUUGUUAUUUUUUAUAAUCAUUAUUUUUCUGAACCAUUCUUCUGGCCUCAGAAGUAGGACUGAAUUCUACUAUUGCUAGAUGUGAGAAAGUGGUGGUGAGAACCUUAGAGCAGUGGAGAUUUGCUACCUGGUCUGUGUUUUGAGAAGUGCCCCUUAGAAAAUUAAAAGAAUGUAGAAAAGAUACUCAGUCUUAAUCCUAUGCAAAAAAGAAAAUCAAAUAAUUGUUUUCCUAUGAGGAAAAUAACCAUGAGCUGUAUCAUGCUACUUAGCUUUUAUGUAAAUAUUUCUUAUGUCUCCUCUAUUAAGAAUAUUUAAAAUCAUAUUUAAAUAUGAAUCUAUUCAUGCUAACAUUAUUUUUCAAAACAUACAUGGAAAUUUAGCCCAGAUUGUCUACAUAUAAGGUUUUUAUUUGAAUUGUAAAAUAUUUAAAAGUAUGAAUAAAAUAUAUUUAUAGGUAUUUAUCAGAGAUGAUUAUUUUGUGCUACAUACAGGUUGGCUAAUGAGCUCUAGUGUUAAACUACCUGAUUAAUUUCUUAUAAAGCAGCAUAACCUUGGCUUGAUUAAGGAAUUCUACUUUCAAAAAUUAAUCUGAUAAUAGUAACAAGGUAUAUUAUACUUUCAUUACAAUCAAAUUAUAGAAAUUACUUGUGUAAAAGGGCUUCAAGAAUAUAUCCAAUUUUUUAAUAUUUUAAUAUAUCUCCUAUCUGAUAACUUAAUUCUUCUAAAUUACCACUUGCCAUUAAGCUAUUUCAUAAUAAAUUCUGUACAGUUCCCCCCAAAAAAAGAGAUUUAUUUAUGAAAUAUUUAAAGUUUCUAAUGUGGUAUUUUAAAUAAAGUACCAUAAAUGUAAUAAGUAAAUAUUUAUUUAGGAAUACUGUGAACACUGAAGUAAUUAUUCCUGUGUCAGUCUAUGAAAUCCCUGUUUUGAAAUAAGUAAACAGCCUAAAAUGUGUUGAAAUUAUUUUAUAAAUCCAUGACUUAAAGCAGGAUACAUACAUAGUAUAACACACCUCACAGUGUUAAGAUUUAUAUUGUGAAAUGAGAUGCCCUACCUUCAAUUGUUCAUCAGUCAGUAAAACAAAUUCUGAUGUACAUUCAGGACAAAUGAUUAGCCCUAAAUGAAACUGUAAUAAUUUCAGUGGAAACUCAAUCUGUUUUUACCUUUAAACAGUGAAUUUUACAUGAAUGAAUGGGUUCUUCACUUUUUUCUUAGUAUGAGAAAAUUAUACAGUGCUUAAUUUUUAGAGAUUCUUUCCAUAUGAUACUAAAAAAUGUUUUGUUCAGCCUAACAUACUGAGUUUUUUUUAACUUUCUAAAGUAUUGAAUUUCCAUCGUGCAUUCAUCCAAAAUUAAGGCAGACUGUAUGGAUUCUUCCAGUGGCCAGAUGAGCUACAUUAAAUCACAAAAGCAGAUGCUUUUGUAUGAUCUCCAAAUUGCCAACUUUAAGGAAAUAUUCUCUUGAAAUUGUCUUUAAAGAUCUCUUGCAGCUUUGCAGAUAUCCAGACUGAGCUGGAACUGGAAUUUGUCUUCUAUUGACUCUACUUCUUUAAAAGCUGCUGCCCAUUACAUUCCUCAGCUGUCCUUGCAGUUUAGGUGUACAUGUGACUGAGUGUUGGCCAGUGAGAUGAAGUCUCCUCAAAGGAAGGCAGCAUGUGUCCUUUUUCAUCCCUUCAUCUUGCUGCUGGGAUUGUGGAUAUAACAGGAGCCCUGGCAGCUGUCUCCAGAGGAUCAAGGCCACACCCGAAGAGGAAGGCAGAUUAGAGACCAGAAAGACCUUGACUACUUCCCUACUUGCACUACAUUUUCCUAUGUUUAAGCCAUUGUAAAUCUGGGUUUGUUACAUGAAGUGAAAAUUAAUCCUUUCUGCCCUUCAGUUCUUUAUCCUGAUACCAUUUAACACUGUCUGAAUUAACUAGACUGCAAUAAUUCUUUCUUUUGAAAGCUGUUAAAGGAUAAUGUGCAAUUCACAUUAAAAUUGAUUUUCCAUUGUCAAUUAGUUAUACUCAUUUUCCUGCCUUGAUCUUUCACUAGAUAUUUUGUAUCUGCUUGGAAUAUAUUAUCUGCUUUUUAACUGUGUAAUUGGUAAUUACUAAAACUCUGUAAUCUCCAAAAUAUUGCUAUCAAAUUACACACCAUGUUUUCUGUCAUUCUCAUAGAUCUGCCUUAUAAACAUUUAAAUAAAAAGUACUAUUUAAUGCUUUAA